AUGACAAACUCUUACAAAAUGGAAGACAUUGACGAGCUGCUGGUCGGCCUCUACACCAAUGAAUCAUAUCCGUUGACCCAAAACCUCACGGGACCUUUUGAUCCCAUUCCUCUGGAGCAGUACGAGAAUUUGAUGGGUCUUGAUAAUAGCUCAUCUUGCAACAGUGUUGAUUCCCUGCGUCCCCGGGUUCCUCAUAUGCAAGAGUCGAACCAGGCUGACCUAGCGCAACAACACCAGCAGCAGCAGAUUCUCACCUACCAGCAUUUGCAGCACUACCACACCAACUAUGCUGCAAAUUCCACCAACACAAACUCGUACUACAUGUACCAACAGCCCCUUCCUUCUCCCCAGACUCCCCAGACCCCCUGUUACAACUACAGCCCGAUGGAGGAGACGGAACCAGACUCUACAGAUUCCUUUGACCACAUGGACUCGUCGGCAGUUGAUUCUGACUAUGAUCCCAUCUACUCGUCUCCUUCCACAGUCUCUUCUGUCAGCGACACACCUCCCGAGACUCCCACCACAAUUCCUCGAGCCGCGAAGGAGCGAAAGAAGGGCGAGACUGUGUUUCUAAGGCCCCCUGCCUUUGCCGAGGAACAUGUUGGCAUGUUUGGCAUGAUCAAUUUCCGAAAGCCCGGCGCUUGGACUCGACAAAAGUCGAAGUAA